GGUGGGGAAGGGGCUGGGAGACUGUGAACCCAGCUCUGGGUCAUCUGUCCCCCUACUCAUCCCACCCACGUGUUUCCCCCGCCCCCCCUUGAGUGGCCAAUGUUAGCUUGGCCCUAGCUGCCUAGAAGCAUGUCACUGGGCUGUCGUCACUAGCUGGACCCUUCACAGGUGAAAAUAUCCAGCCAACUAGAAGAUUAUCACAAUGAGUUUUGUUGAAUACGGAGAUACAAUAAAAGAUGGAGACACAGCUAUCGUGUUCUUGGGCCAUGAAUCAAUGUUUCCUGUGAAAGUCCAACAUGGCAGUAAAACUCAGACUAAGUAUGGGGUCAUUAGACAUUCUACUGAUCUCAUAGGCAAAAGGUACGGCUCAAAGGUGACCUGCAGUAAAGGAGGCUGGGUGUUUAUUCUUCAUCCAACCCCAGAGUUGUGGACAAUGAAUCUUCCUCACAGAACACAAAUUCUUUAUUCAACUGACAUCUCUUUAAUCACCAUGAUGCUGGAAUUGAAGCCAGGAUCCAUAGUGUGUGAAUCAGGUACCGGAAGUGGUUCCCUUUCUCAUGCUAUCAUCAGGACAGUGGCUCCAACAGGGCAUCUGUACACAGUGGAGUUCCACCAACAGAGGGCAGAGAAAGCGAAGGAGGAGUUCCAGGAGCAUAAAGUAGAACACCUGGUUACAGUGAAGAAUCAGGAUGUCUGUAAAAACGGGUUUGGGGUCUCGAAUGUUGCAGAUGCAGUGUUCCUAGACAUUCCGUCACCGUGGGAAGCUAUAGGACAUGCAAAAUCAGCAUUAAAAAUUGAAGGUGGACGCAUCUGCUCCUUCUCCCCUUGCAUUGAACAAGUUCAAAGAACCUGCCUGGCUAUGGAAGAACAUGGUUUUACUGAGAUUAACACGCUGGAAAUUCUGCUUCGAGUAUACAAUGUUAGGACAAUUAGCUUGCAAAUCCCUGACCUUGGAAAAGCAGCCGAGGAUAAUUCUAGCACUGGGUUUGACAGCAGCAGCCAAUCAAAUCAAGGUAGCUUAUAUGGUAUUCUGCAGCAGGGAGCUGCCCAGUUUAAAAGUGGUGUGCCACUCAAGGAAAUGGUGGGUCAUACUGGAUAUCUGACCUUUGCUACUAAAAGUCUAUUUUAGCAUACUUUGGGUUUGUUUGUUUUUUAAGGUCAUCCAAACUUUUACUCGUCAGGGAAUUCCAUAUAUAGUCAGAUCCAUUUGGAAUAUGCUUUGUUUAAAUAACACAUGAGCACUAACCAGCCCUGCAUAGACAGAAAGUUGAAGGUCUGGAACAGCACUCUGUUUCUGCCAGAGAGGAAAGAUAAAUUAAUAGCUAAUGGCAAUUCAUUGGAAUUUGCAAAAUAAAGCCACUUGCUGAUAAGUUUUGUUUAAAAUCAGCUGUUUUCUUUUUACUUUUUGGAAUCCUUGCUUGAUUUCCCCAUCAGACUCUGUUUGGGGGGUUUUGUUUGGCUGGUUGGUUUUUGCUUAAGUUAUUUAGUAUUUAUGUCAUUCUUUGGAUCUUUGGAAAGAUCCUCAUUGACUCAUUUUAGAUGCUGAAGUUGUGAGCUCAUAUAGCAAUCACAUUGAGCGGUCACAGACCGGGUGUUUCCCUGGAACAGUAUUUGGCUGCACAGAAGAUUAUUUGCCAUAUGUUCAAGAACAUGGCCUCUCUCUCCCAUCCCAAACUGGCAUCUAGUAAUCAGAUAGAUUAUACUGAAGUCACACAAGCAUGGUAGCUGUUGGAUCUGGUCCAUAAGAAUAUAUUGGGAACAUCAUUAUAGAGGCUUCAGCCAUGAUGGCUCAUUCAUACCAAAAUCUUAUGAUAGAUCAGCUGCUUUCACUUUUCGUAAAUCAAUUGUGAGAAUUUACUGCAAAGUGUUUUAAUGUUACCUAAACACUGCUUUGUAAGCAAUGUAUCUGAGUUCUCUAUUUUUUUUUUUUUAAAUAAGUGUUAUGUUACUUGAUCCUGCUGCAACUGAAUGAUGGAAAAAUCACUAUUGGCAGGAUUUCUCUCUUAAUAAAUUGUAACAGUGAUGUAAAUUUAGUAAAAUCAUAAAUCUUCCUUAACAGUAAUUUACUAGACCACUUAUUAUUUAGUCUCUUAUAUAAAGCUGGUUGGCGUGGUUGAUCUAUUUUGAACAUCAGAUUAAAUUUUGUAUUUACGGAUUAAAAUUAUUGUACAUAUUUCUGAGGCUCUAAAUGCCUCUCUCCUUUUUUUUUAAUAAAGUCUCUAUUAUGUUCUUCCCAGCCACUGGUAAUAUCUUUCUGCUCAUUGCUUCCCUGUGUGUUGUAUUUUGUGCAAAACAAAAUAUAUUGAUUCAUGCUGGGCACGUUCUUUUUGUAUUGCAAACUGCUGUAUGAAAAUUUUGAACCCGGUUUCUCCCUGUUCUUGACAAAAAUAAACAAAGCUAAGCUUUUAACAAGUCACAGC